AGCAGCUUGCAAGCUGUAGAUGACAACGUUGAUGUUUGAGCUGUGUUAAAAUUAAAAUACAAAAUUUAACCCGAUUUAAAAAUAUAGUAACCAAAGAAUUUCUAUCAUAGCUAUUUAUUAACAAACAUGAAUCGUUAUAUAAAACCAAAAGUAUUACGUUCUUUUUUUAUAAAUACGACCCGUUCAGCGACAACCGUGCCUGAAAUAGAACAGAAUGAACAGGUUAUCAUCGAUGAUACUGAAGAUGCACUUGCUAAAGAAGCAGAAAUAGAAAAGAAAAGAAAUAUAUCACGUUUAUCACACGCUCACUACGAUGUAAUGAAUGGAAGACGGCCUUAUGAGGUGCCCAAGCACAUAACCCAUUUAACAGUAAAAUUCAAUAGGAAGAUGUAUGGAAAGUAUGGUGCUGCAAGUGGUGUUAAUCCAAGCAUAUGCUGGCCCACACAAAAAGACAUAGAAGAAAAGCGAGAAUUUGAAGCUGUAGCAUUUCCAUUCACAAUUCAAGAAAUGAUGGCUACAGCCGCUCAGAAAAGAAGAGAAGAACAGCUUAAAAUCCAGCAACGGGAUAAUGAGAUUGCUAUAAAAUUUGCAAAACUUGAUCAAUGGAAGAAAGAACUUCAAGAAAAAAUGGCUAAAAAGACAGCUGAAGUUGAAGCAGCAAAGAUAAAGAAAGAGCGCCUUGUGGAAGAAGUGAGAAGACACUUUGGCUUCACAUUAGACCCACGCGAUGAAAGGUUCCAAGAAAUGUUAGUAAAGAGGGAAAAAGAACAGAAGAAACGAGAAAAACAAGCAAGAGUUGAGGCUCGUGAAAAGUUGAUGAUUGCUAAGCUUCAGGAGAAAAAGGGAGAAGUUGCAGAAAAGAGUAGUGGAUAGGUUAACUGGAAUUGUAUAUUAUGUUAUAAAUAGUGUAAAAUUGUAGUAAUAAAUGGUUAUAUAUAAGAA